AUGACUAGCGUCAAGGAAACUGUGAAGGAGCAAUUGGUGGGCACAACAGAGGAGCCUCAGCUGUCGCACCAGGCCCGAUCCAACUUCUUUCGUGUUGCGCAGAAAGAUGAGAACGGAGAACCGUUCAUGACUGAGGAGGCUUUCAUCAAUGCAAUUGCUCCCAAGCAUGAGGACUACCACAAGAUCAAGCGCGAGCAGUAUGGAAUCCUUUUCCAGGUUGCGGAUCGACAGAAAAAUGGCAAGCUUACCCUUUCUGACUGGGCCACUUUUGAGAAUCUCCUUGCGAAGCCCGAUGCCGAGUACGAAAUCGCAUUUCGUCUGUUCGAUUUCGAUGGAUCCGGAGCUGUCAAGUUUGAUACCGUGCAGGGAUUGGCCAAUCUGAACAAGAGCGCCGAUAGUAUUCCCUUCGAUUGGAACUCAGAAUGGGCUUCGCUCUACACCGGACGUACCAAGUCGCGACACGAUAUGACCUACCCUCAAUUCUCCCAGAUGUUGCGCGGUCUGCAGGGCGAGCGCAUUCGUCAGGCUUUCCACAGCUUCGAUAAGGAUGGCGACGGAUAUAUUCAGCCCGAGGAAUUCCAGCGUAUAAUUCUGGAGACCUCUAAGCACAAGCUAUCGGACCAUGUCCUCGAGAACCUGCCCUCCCUGUGCAACAUCUCCACUGGCAGCAAGAUUUCCUACGCUACCGUCCGUGCUUUCCAGAACAUUAUGGUUGAGAUGGAUAUGAUCGAUGUGAUUGUGAGCGAGGCCACAAAGAAAAGUGGCGACGGAAAGAUCACUCGCUCCGACUUUUUGAACGCCGCCGCUCGUGCCACACGUUUCUCUCUCUUCACCCCCAUGGAAGCUGAUAUCCUCUUCCACUUCGCUGGUCUUGAUGCCCCAUCCGGACGGCUUUCACAGAAAGACUUCGCCAAGGUCAUUGAUGCUUCAUGGCGUACACCUGUUGCUCUUGCUGGCCAGACUGUUGAGAAAGCUGCUGCCAAAACCACGUCCUUGCUCCACAACGUGUUGGAAUCUGUUCAUCACUUUGCCCUCGGCAGUAUUGCUGGUGCGUUUGGUGCUUUCAUGGUGUAUCCCAUCGAUCUGGUCAAGACUCGUAUGCAAAAUCAGCGAUCUACACGCCCGGGCGAGAGACUCUAUAACAACUCUCUCGACUGUGCCAAGAAGGUCAUCCGGAAUGAAGGUUUCACUGGACUUUACUCUGGUGUUAUUCCCCAACUUAUAGGUGUCGCACCAGAGAAGGCUAUCAAGCUCACUGUCAAUGAUCUUGUCCGCGGUCACUUCACAGACAAGGAUACCAAGAAGAUUUGGACCCCUUGGGAAAUCCUGGCCGGUGGAACUGCUGGUGCUUGUCAAGUGGUCUUUACCAAUCCUCUAGAGAUUGUCAAGAUUCGUUUGCAGGUGCAGGGUGAAGUGGCUAAGAAUGUCGAGGGUGCUCCUCGCCGCUCAGCUCUUUGGAUCGUGAAGAACUUGGGCUUGGUGGGCUUGUACAAGGGAGCUACCGCCUGUCUCAUGCGUGAUGUCCCAUUCUCGGCCAUUUACUUCCCAACAUACGCUCACUUGAAGACUGAUAUGUUUGGUGAAUCGCCUACUAAAAAGCUAGGCGUUAUCCAACUUCUGACUGCCGGUGCUAUCGCCGGUAUGCCAGCAGCCUACUUGACCACUCCAUUCGAUGUAAUCAAGACCCGUCUGCAGGUCGAGGCCCGCAAGGGUGACACCAAGUACACUGGUCUACGCCACUGUGCCCAAACAGUGUGGAAGGAAGAGGGUCUCAAGGCCUUCUUCAAGGGUGGACCCGCUCGUAUUUUGCGUUCUUCUCCGCAAUUCGGGUUCACCCUUGCUGCCUAUGAAGUUCUGCAAGGUCUGCUCCCCAUGCCCGGCUCCGAGGAUGUGACUCCAAGCGGACACAUCGAGCCUGGUGUUGGUCUGCAGAGUGCCACAGCGCCCCUCCCCUACCUCCGAUCAAGAAACGCUUUGAAGCUCAUUCUGGAUCUGGAUCAGAAUAUCGGCCGAGUGCAGGUCCCUCAGCCUGAGAACUGGCCCAAAUUCCUGCAGGGUCCCAAACAGUGA